GUGUGCACUAUUUAGAAACAUUACUGGAGAGACGCUUGGAGAGCCCAGAGCUCUGCUUCGAGCCUAACACGGCCGAUACGUUUCGCAGAAAUGGCGGGGCGAGACGGAUGGCCGAGUCCGGAUGUUUUCCAGCUCCUUCAGGCGGGGGACGUGGAGAAACUGUGGGGCUGUCGGCCGGGGAAGCUUCGCCCAUUCCUGCCCUACCUUGUUCGGAUGGCUUUGAGCCCCUCCUCCCUUCUACUGUCCCAUUCCCAGACCACCGAGACGUGUGCACGGGACAGGAAACUUGUCUUAUCUGUGAUAGCAGCAAUCCCCGAGGCCAACUCUGUGCAUUCCUACCUCCAAAUGGACUUCCCUGAGCUGAGGAGUGACGCAGUGAAGGAGAGGCAGCUGCUGCGGAAGCUGGGGCCGGCAGAGGAGAGACCGGCAGCACAGAGCGUCCUCGCAACCUCCAUGCAGUUUGGGAUGGCCAUCGAGUUUGAGAGAAGUGACCACGUCAGACGGAUGAGACUCUUUCUCAGCGAAAUGCUCAGAGUCAUGAGUAAAGUUGAUUCCCACUUUGCUGUGGAGCAGAGCGAUCUGUUUGAGAGUGAAGUUCACUUGGCUGAAAUCUGCGACAUCAUGGCCAUUGCUGUGGAAGAGCUGCCGUCCUUGUUGCCAGUUGUACCAGUGACCGAGGCUCUCCUGAGACUGCGCAACGGUCCUCGACUCCUCACCUGCCUCGUUGGCAACAUGCCCGACCAACUGGACCACGUCCUCACAUCUCUGCUGGUGAAUGGAGAAACGCAGGACGAGGUCUCACUGGCCGGUCGCUGCCGCACGACUGCUCUCUCCUCCCUCCUUCACCUCCACCCUCCCUCCUCCCCACACGCCCAGUCCCUCGCCCUCCUUCACCACAAACACCCAACUCUCGCACUCUCCAUUGCUCUCUCCGCGGAAGAAAACCCCGCGACAUCGUCACCCGUGUCUGAUUCCAGUACCGGUAUGGGACCCGGUAUGGCUCCGCCCCCUACUCCGACUGGCGUUGUGACGCUGCUUCAUAACAUCAUCAUCACCGGGGACGACGAUACAAAGGCGUGGUUCUCACAGUACAUGAAACUUAUGCAACAGAAGUAUCGACGACAGCGAACGUCAGCCGUCACCAGACUCCGCAAAUUCAUAAUGAAGACUCUUCUCUCCUUCACCACCAAGUCAACAUCCGCCACCAAACCUUCGGACACUAACGAGGUUUUCGUUGCCAUGGAGACCGAUGCCACAGCCGGCCAGCAGCAGCAGCAGCAGCAGCGCAGCACGCAACGAGAGGUCGAACGGCGUGACAAACCGGGGAAGUCAGUGAGUGGGGAGGGUGUGAAGGAGAAGAAGAAGAAGAGGAGGAGGAAGAAGGGGGAGGGGGGAGAGGGGGAGGGGGGUGAAACAACAGAGGGGGACUCUGAGAUUGAAAUGGACACUGCUCUGGAACUGGUGGACCAAAUGGAGAUAGAGGUCAGCGAUGGAGACGGAGAGCCUUCGCCAAAGGUUCCGGCUGUGGUGUCCGAUGGAGGAGGAGGAGGGGAGAGAGAGAAGGGUGCGGACACGGGGAGGAGCCGGCCCAAGUCGGCCCUGGCGACAGAGGUCGUGAGGGCCUCCGGAGGCAAGGGGGAGGGAGGUCAGAGGUCGCGGUCCCGAAGGCGGCACUCGUCCGGGGUGCCUGCGGUGGAUUUCCCGACAAUUUCUGAAGAGAGGCAGCUGUCUGAUCGGCAGGCAGUGGAGCUGAUGAGCCUUCUGCAUGUGUGCUGCGGACUUAAAAAUCAGAGCCAGAUGUACCUGACGACGGAAGAGACGUCGGUCAUCCUCAGUCUGAUCGUCUGCUCUUGUCCGCCUUACUCUCCGGCCGGGGUUCACUUCAUUCAGAUCACACUUGCCACGCUCCUCGCCUGCCCCUUCCUCAUUGGUGGAAGUCUGGAGUGUGAGAAAGCUACGGAGCGUUGGCUCCAGUGGCUGCUGGACAAACUCCCUGAAUUUGACAAGUGCUGUGGUGAGGGAGGGUCGUACGGUGAGAUGUUACUGCUGAUAGCCAUCCACCUGAGAGAGAAGCAGCUGCCGCAGCUGGAAGACCUCACCUCCAACAUCCUCGGAAUGAAAGUCACUGGAUCUAGAAGUGGGCGGUUCUCGCACUUGCGGCAAAUCUUUCUUAGGGUUUUCACAGAAGAGGUGGUGUGUCUUCAUGCGGUGAGUGUCCCUCCAACCUCAAACCUGAGUGCGUCUCUCUCCAGCUAUCUCCCUGUACACUGCGUUCAUCAACUUCUCAAGACAAAGACAUUCAGAAAACACAGCAUCUCCAUCACUGUCAGCAGAUAUCUUCUUACUAGCUAUAUACUUCUUUCUCGUCCCUCUCUCCCCUUCUUUCUCGUCCCUCUGCUCCCCUUCUUUCUCGUCCCUCUGCUCCCCUUCUUUCUCCCCCUCUCUGGUUUUCUCCUCAUUCUUUCUUUUCUUUUUUCUUUGUCUCUUUAAUUCUUUCCAUCUUUUUACUAACUUUUUCUUUCUCUUUCUUCUUUUCUCUUUUUUCUUGCUACUGGCAGGAUUGGGUGUACCGGCAGCUGCUCCAUCUCUCGGAGCCACUCCACCCCACACUCCCUCCUCUGCUAGUGGAGUUCGUUAACUCCAUCCUUCUUCCCUCCUCCACCCACGGACGAGCAUUCACACCAGUAGGUUCCGUUCAGGGUCAGAGUUCGUCUUUGGUGUGCCACACCCCCUUCUCGGCCGAGGAGAUUCUCCGAGUGUAUCGUCAUGACGACCAACUCCCUUUGACCCCGUGCUCUCUGGCGUCUCAACUGAUGAUACUGUACUAUGUUCUUCUCUAUCAGGACACUUACAACUCCAACCUCAAGACACUCUUGUUCAAGUCCACCAACAAGACGUCCCCAAACCAGACUCCUCCUCGGCCCUACAGUCCAGCCAUACUCGCCCAGAUCCCAGUGAAACAGCUGCUGCUCUACGCGGGCCAGAACCACGCCCACUACUCCGCCCUAUACCCCUCCCUCCUCCGGCUGACCGCCACCCACCUCCCCCAGCUAUGUCUCGUUGAGGACUGGCUCAAGGGAGAAGAACACAGUGAUAGAGUCAACCAUUUUUUGCCACUUCUACGCCUGCCUCGCUCCCAACUGACACCGGCCGUGGCCGAGACAGUUCUGAGCCAGCUGGAGUCAAGCCCGUCUCGAGCCCUCGUUCUUCUCUCACACCUCACCUCGCUCCCUCCCCCGGCCCUCCCUCCCUACUGCCACGCCCUCUCCUCCACCCUCCCCCUCCUCCUCUCUCCCUCCGUCUCUCGUCGUGUACAGGAGGCCUAUCUCUCUCUCUGGACCAAACUCAAUCUUGUUGUCCCCAGAAGACAGUGGCACGAAACAGUUGGAUCACUCCGACCUCCGAGUCAGCAACACCUGACUCCGCCCACUCAUGCCCAACUCACCGAGGACCCAUUCACUGUUCUCCAAUGUGACCGUCGGGUUUUCAGAUGUCCCCCCGUACUGGAGAUGCUGCUACGUGUCCUAGCUGCAUACACCUCCGCCUCACGUGCCUGGCUCCUCGAAAAAUGCCACGCCCAGAACUGCAUCACCAUAGCAACCUCGGCAAACUCCGACGGCUCGGCAGCGGCACCGGGCCGACUGAGCGCGCAGGAGAGGAAGGAGCUGUGUGUGGCGUUGACAGCUGCACAGGAGAGUGCGAUGGUCCAGUUUCUACUGGAGAUGUGUCUGCCAAACAGCGAAGAGGAGGAGAAAGAAAAAGAAUCUCAGUCAAGUUUGGGUGCUCAUUUCUCGGUUUUGAGAGAGGUUCAGUGCCUCAUCUGUUCCUACUUACACCAGGUGUUCAUUGCGGAGCCAGAGAUGGUGAAGCUGGUUCAUUUCCAGGGCUACCCCGCCACUCUGCUGCCUGUCAUGGUGACCCACGUCCCCUCCAUGCACAUCUGCCUCAAGUUCAUCCCGGAGCUGGUCACUCAGCCUCAGACUGACAAACAGCAAUUUGGUGUCCUCCUCGCCUCAUUUGUGGUCCAACAGUACCCACUUCCCGAAGCCCUCUCCAUAGUUGACGAGAUUCUCAAAUUUCUCCUCGCACUGGCCAACGAAAUCCCGUCCCACCUCAGAGAAGACUACUUCACUCCUCUACUGCCGGCGCUGGUGCGAUUCUGUCAGACCUUUCCCCUGCUCUGUCAGAAACCGGGCCAGCUGCAACGUCGGUCUCUCGUCGACGUCAUCGUUUGUCCUCAAUGCAGCCGCGAGGGAAAAGGGGAGGGGCACACUGGGGGGUGUAGAGUUCGUCACAUUGGUCCGGGACACUUUUCAAGAGCUGGUAGAGACUGCAGUUCUCAGAGUGUAGAUAAACGUCUGCUUCUGACGUAACGCGACGGAAUAUAAUAUACCUUCUCACAGAUUCCACAUUUCUUCGUGAACUCAUCUCUCUCAUUCUCACUGAACCAUUUAUGUGUAUAUUAAAGUUGUCAUGGAUAAUACAUAUUCACAGUAUA